AUGAGGCACCAUGCGGCGUCUAUUAAUAGUUGGUCUCCCGGACUGGGGCGUGUAGAGUGUGACAAUAAGGUGACGUGGAGUGGUGUUCGUGAGUACGGUUCAUAUGGACAGACAGAGUAUUGUUACAGCUUGUAUGGUAAUGUCCGAGGAAGUUAUGAGGAUGUAAUGACUCCAGGUCAAGAGGAAGUCAUUUGUUUACCUUCACAACGUGCGAGUUCUAUUUUAAAGUUCCGCGAACCGAAGAUAGUCUAUACUGAUAUCGGCUCACUUCUCAAGUUUAUUUACAGACGUUGA